UUUCAGCUAAUGAGGACCCGACGACUUGGCAUGACAUGGUUAACUAAAAGAUCAACAAACGCGGGUGGACCUUUUCAUAGCACGCCAUUGGAGAAGACAACAUGCAUUGAGGAAAAGGGAUUUAUUUUAGGUGAGCUAAACAAUAAUAAUGAAGGUAGGCCAAAUUUAAAAGUCAAGAAAUGCAAGAUUUGGAGAAAUACUCAAACAAGUGGGCAGUAUUUGAUUAGGAUUGCUGAUUCAGCCACAGCAUUACCUCAUGGCUCAAAUCAAUUUUCAGACAGCCAAUGGUUUAAUGAGGAGGCAAUCAAAGUUUCUGCACUUUGCCGGUGUUGAAUUCACAUGUUAUUAGUUUGCCAACCAGUGAAAUCCGGACCACAGUAUCCGCUAAAACAUCCAUGGGAGCCACUGCCAUACAACAGGCGAUGAGUAGAGUAGGUACAAGGCUUAUCUGAUUGCUACUAUUUUCCGAAGUUUUUAUAGAAAAAUAUUUUGUAAUGAAUUGAUGCAGGUAAAAUAGAAAAAUAUGUUUACAAAUUUUCUUAGAAAGUAGCAAUCUAAAGAUGGUGUCGUGGUGAAAAAUCAUGGAU